UCACUCUCUCAACUCACAAGCAAACCAUCCUCUUCAGUCCUCACUGCAACACACGAGCUUCUAGCUCUAGAUCGACUGAUCGGCAAUGGCGUCGACCAAGGCUCUCUUCCUGCUCGCUGUCCUCCUCGCGUCCGCGGUCCUCCUCGCCGCGGCGGCCACCGAGCAAACUCAUGACAAGGAGGAGAAGGUGAGCACCAACAGCGCCGGCGUCCAGGACGACUGGCAUGGCGGCGGCGGGUACCCAGGGCGCGGGGGCGGCGGCGGUUACCCUGGCCGCGGCGGCGGUGGCGGUUACCCGGGCCGCGGCGGCUACGGGCCCUGCGGUAGGUGGGGCUGCUGCCGCAGUGGCUACCGCGGUGGCUGUAUGCGUUGCUGCGGGUCUGCCAACGAGGUGCCGGAGCCCAUGGAUCGCCCGGAGGUGCACAACUAGCCGGAUCCAUGUCCUUGGGUACGUAGCUGCCUAGCUAGCUUGCUUGGUAGCUUGGAGCGAUGCUCUGGAAGCUUUAUCCAGGGUCCUGAAUAAAAUAAAUCUCAGUCGUGUGCAAGUGAACUAUCUGCGCGGAUGAACAUAUGUUCUAGUACAACUACGUGCUCGUCCUUUGUUUCUUUGGAAUAAUAAUCAUUGUAAUGUGUGUUUUUUUAAAUAAAUCAUCAAUGUGGUGUUUUCAA